UCGUUUUGUGGGGUAGUUUCGACGUUGACCUUAACCUAGCGCUGUUAUUACUGAUUUUCCGGUGCCUUUAGCUCAACCAUCUAAAGCUACAAAAUGGUCGUAGCUUCACUUUGCGGCUGGAAUUGUGUUCAUUUAUUUAUGAAUAACAAGCUAAAGCAUUCGUAACGUACAGGCCUGAAGCAACUUUUGCUCGCGUUUUAAGCUAGCUGUUAGCUAAAUGUUUGUUUUCCAUUGACUAGCAUUAGCAUAGUGUUAAACUCAGUUAUUAAUGUUACUCGCUAGCCAGUAAAGAUUAAUUAAUAACGAAUUCGCUCAGUCUAGCAGCGGAAAUAAGGUUUAAGAGCCAUGAGCUUCCCUGGAUACCCCCCUCAGGCAGGUGGAUACCCUCCACAGUCUGGUGCUUACCCUCCUCAGGCAGGUGGCUACCCUCCUCAACCUGGUGGCUAUCCACCACAAGCAGGUGGCUACCCACAGGUACCACAAGGCAGCUGGGGUGGUGGCUCUCUUGGUGGUUAUCCCUCCAUUGGUCUUGACAGCUUAUCCAACCUUGGAUACAAUGCUGGCAUGGCCAGCCAGAUCUCUGCAGGCAUAGGGGGUUUAUCUCUAAACCCAUCCAUUUUCACUCAGCCCCCUGGGGAUGCCCCUCCGCCUGGUGGGCAUGGUGUACCCUCCCCUAACCAACAGUCAUAUGGCUUGUACCCACAGCCAGGAGGGACUAUGCCACAAACUCAAGGCCCAGGGAUGGGCUAUCCUGGACAGCCUGGUUACCCUGGACAGGCUGGUCAGCCUGGUUACCCUGGUCAGCCUGGACAGCCUGGUUACCCUGGACAGGCUGGACAGCCUGGUUUCCCUGGUCAGGCUGGACAGCCUGGUUUCCCUGGACAGGCUGGUCAGCCAGGUUACCCUGGUCAGCCUGGACAGCCUGGUCAGCCAGGUUACCCUGGUCAGCCUGGACAGCCUGGUCAGCCUGGCCAAACUAUGCCUGGUUUUGGAGGACCGCCAGCACCUGCGCCAGGGUACCCAUCAGGCCCUUCACCUAAUCCGUCCAUGCCAUCCUAUGGAGGAGCCAUGCCAGUAGCUCCACCUGUCAAUAGAGGAUUCAGGGGAACGAUUCAAGACUUUCCUGGAGCUGACCCACUCAAAGAUGUUGAGGUUCUGAGGAAGGCCAUGAAGGGCUUUGGAACUGAUGAGCAAGCCAUUAUCAACUUACUGGGGAGUCGCUCUGUGAAACAGCGUGUGCCUUUGCUCCGGGCUUACAAAACAUCUUAUGGAAAGGAUCUGAUUAAGGAUCUGCAUUCAGAACUGUCUGGAGACUUUAGGAAGCUGGUCAUGGCCAUGAUGAAGAGCCCAACUGAGUUGGAUGCCUCUGAGCUCCACUCUGCCAUAAAGGGUGCUGGAACUGAUGAAGCCUGUCUGAUAGAGAUCCUGUCUUCUCGCACCAAUGCAGAAAUCAGAGAGAUAACCCGCGUUUACAAACAAGAAUAUAAGAAGUCACUGGAGGAUGCCAUUAUUGGAGAUACCUCAGGCCACUUCCGCCGGCUCCUAGUUUCUCUAUCCCAGGGCAGUCGUGAUGAACGAGAAAAUGUUGACAUCACUCUUGCUAAACAAGAUGCUCAGACCCUGUAUGCUGCUGGAGAGAACAAGCUGGGAACAGAUGAGUCGAAAUUCAAUGCUAUUUUGUGCGCCAGGAGCAAACCCCACCUCAGAGCAGUGUUUCACGAGUACCAGCAGAUGUGUGGCAGGGAUAUUGAGAAGAGCAUCUGCAGGGAGAUGUCUGGAGACCUUGAGAGUGGGAUGGUGGCAGUGGUGAAGUGCAUUAAGAACACACCUGCCUACUUUGCUGAGAGGCUUAACAAGGCCAUGAAGGGAGCUGGGACUAAAGACACAACCUUGAUUCGAAUUAUGGUCUCCCGUUCUGAAGUUGACAUGCUGGAUAUCCGUCAGGAGUAUGUUAAAAACUAUGGGAAGUCACUGUACACAGACAUCUCUGGAGACACAUCAGGAGACUACAAGAAGCUCCUACUGAAGCUUUGUGGGGGCAGUGACUAAAAAGGAGAACAUCUACUAUAUUAUAAAAACUUAUAACAAUAUCAUAUCUGCUUUAUUUUUAUGCAUUAUGCACAAACUGCAAGUUAGCAUGCCAUGCCAAUGCUUUCAAUGCAAUAUUUACCUGGUUGUAAAAACCUUAUACACAUUGCUACUUAGUUUUGUUUUUUUUUAAUGUAUGCAAUAUGGACAAAAGGGCUUUAUAUUUCAUCACUUGUGGUGUCUUUGCUGGAUAUUUUGAGUUGACUAUAUGUGGCCAAACAAUAGAUUUGUAAGAGAUUAUAUUUACAAUUUAAGAUCUAUAUAUUUUUAAGAUAGUUUAUUUUCAUUGUGCCGAUAUGAUAUCUAAUAUCUGGCAUGUUUAUUAGUUGUCAAAUGCUCAAGAAUGCUGAAUAAUGUAUAAGACAUACAAUAAUACAACAGCAAAGUACCAAAGUUAAUGUUUGCAGUUCUAUAAUCUCUUCUAUAUUUUGUCUACACUUUACUAUUUUUAGUUAUCAUAAUUGCACUGUAUUUGCAUCACAUGCUUUUAUGUGUAUCGUAUAUCUGUCACUAUAGCAUGUAAAUUCUGUCACUUUUCAUAAACUGUUGGUCAUUUUAUCUUUACGAAUCUAAAGGAAAAUAAACAUUGGAAGUAUUUG